AUGAGGGAAUUGCCCCGAAAUCAAACGGUUCAUUCCCAACACCCGGCCUCGUUGUCAUUUCCUACCCAUGGCAGCGUAGGUUUAGUCACUUGGGACGACCGUGGAACAGUUUGGGACCAAACUCAGGUGGGCUUCUAUCCCAGACCCUUUCCUGAAGUCAAAGCACAAAUAAAACAACGACAAACACAGAACAACAAUCAACAAACACAAGCAAAAGUCACAAAAAGGAAGAAACCCCAAACAGCAAGCAAGACAAAAAGAACACGCACAAUACCAAGAACAAGAAACAACAAGAAACAACAACAAGAAAAAAAACACAAACAACAAUACCACAAAACAAAAAACACAAAACCGAAACAACAAGAAACAACAACAAGAAACACAAACCCAAAAAGCAAAGAACACAAGUUCGGCGGCGAGGUGAAGUAUGACCCGCCCUUGGAGUUGGGCCCGGCGCCGGCUGGGUCCGUGGGGCGCAAGGGCACAGCCCCGAAGCCCAACUCCCUGAAGGCCCAGCUGGCGCGGAAGACCCAGCUGCCGCCGGCAGAGUCCAAGCCCAACACCGACGACGUGCUGCACGCGCUCUUGCCGCCCCGCGAAUGGAUCGAAGAUGGCAAGCACUACCAGCAGUACGUGAGCAACCAGCCGGCCACGCGCCUGGACGUGAUCCAGCUGCAGGAGGCCUUGGACCAGCGGCUCAUGGAGCGCCAGGCGCGGGAGACGGGGAUCUGCCCGGUGCGUGAAGAGCUCUACUCCCAGUGCUUCGACGAGCUGAUCCGGCAGGUGACCAUCAACUGCCCGGAGCGGGGCUUGCUGCUGCUCCGCGUGCGCGACGAGAUCCGGAUGUCCAUCGCGGCCUACCAGACGCUGUACCAAAGCAGCGUGACCUUCGGCACCCGGAAGCAGCUGCAGUCGGAGCAGGGCAAGGCGGAGACGGAGCAGAUGAUCGCGGAGCACGAGGAGCAGAAGAAGCAGCGCGAGGCGCGGGUGGUGGAGCUGAAGAACAAGUGCGAGGCCAUCGAGCGCCGGGAGGCGGAGCGACGGGCGGUGGACGAGCGCAAGCGGAAGGAGGAGAUUGACUUCCUGAAGCACCAGCAGUCGCACUUGGAGUCCUUCCUGAAAAGCCACGACUCAAAAUGA